AUGGCCGAGAGAACAUACCCGCUCCUCUCGAGGAGACAGAUAGAGGGCAUGAUUGCCGAGGGCAAGUGCAUCUUUAUCCUGAACCAAUAUGUCGUCAAGGCCGACCCUUGGCUGCCCUACCACCCGGGCGGCGACAAGGCUCUCAGGCACAUGAUCGGUCGAGAUGCCACCGAUGAGAUUACCGUUCUACAUUCCCCCGAGGCGAGACAGCAGAUGAACCGAUACCGCAUAGGAAGGAUAGAGGGAAGGUGGACAAACUUCAUACCUCCUAUCCAGGGCGGCAAUUUCAGAGCCCUCUGCGCUGGCGUCGACGACACCGAGCAGGAAGAUACGCCCGGGUCACCUCUCGAGUCAGCCGUUACCUCAAGCCACACCAGCUCUCGCGAUCAGUCGCCAGUCUUCGACGACAGCGAUGAGGCCACUCUGCGACGCCGUCGCGUCCCACGGCCGCCCUCAGUCUCUUCCGUAUCCUCCGCCGACGAGGACGACGGCAUGACCUACCUAGACUCUCAGACCAAGGAGAAGAUCAGCCUCGACCUGGAUAAGUACCCGCCCCUGGACCCUUGCACCCAGGAUGCCAUUGUACAAAAGUACCGCGCCUUGAACGAGAGAAUCAAGGCUGAGGGCCUCUAUCAGUGCGACUACAAGUCAUACGCCAUCGAGAUCUCACGCUACAGCCUGCUCUUUGGCCUGACCUUUCUGUUUCUGCGCUGGGGCUGGUAUGUCUGUAGCGCCCUUUGCUUGGGUGCUUUCUGGCAUCAGCUCGUCUUCUCUGCCCACGACGCUGGUCACAUGGGUAUCACGCACGACUUCCACACCGACACGGUCAUUGGCAUCGUCAUUGCCGACUUUCUUGGCGGCUUGUCCAUUGGCUGGUGGAAGAGGAACCACAAUGUACAUCACGUUGUGACCAACUCGCCCGUGCACGACCCGGAUAUCCAGCACAUGCCCUUCUUCGCCAUCUCUCACCGCCUGCUCGGGAGCCUGCGUUCCACAUACUACGACCGCAUCAUGGCGUACGAUGCCGCGGCCAGGUUCUUCAUCCCCAUCCAGCAGUAUUCGUACUACUUCAUCCUGCUCUUUGGCAGGUUCAACCUCUACCGACUCUCCUGGGAGUUUCUCAUCCUGGGGCUCGGACCACGCAAGGGCCCUGCAUGGUGGCACCGCUGGCUCGAGAUCGUCGGCAACAUCUUCUUCUGGACCUGGUUCGGCUACGGCGUCGUUUACAAGUCGAUCCCCACCGGCUGGGACCGUUUUGUCUUCGUCAUGGUCAGCCACAUGGUAACUGCGCCUCUCCAUUGCCAGAUCACGCUCUCUCAUUUUGCCAUGAGCACGGCAGAUUUGGGACCAAAGGAGUCUUUCCCGCAAAAGAUGCUUCGCACCACUAUGGACGUCGACUGCCCCCAGUGGCUGGACUUCUUCCAUGGCGGUCUGCAGUUCCAAGCCAUACACCACCUUUACCCGCGAAUCCCCCGCCAUAACCUCCGUCGUACACAGAAGCUCGUGCAGGAGUUCUGCAACGACGUCGACAUACCGUACGCACUCUACGGCUUUGUAGGUGGGAAUCAAGAGGUCAUCAGCCGCCUCGCUGAGGUUUCCCGACAAGCCGCCAUUCUGGCCAAGUGUCAGAAGGUUGUCGCAAGCAGCGACGACCCCCUCAGUCAUGGCCAUUGA